AUCAGCAUAUGAAGGACCUGGGAGCCAGCUCCAUCCUGACGCUCCAGCAUGAGUGCAGCACGCUUGGUACUCUUGGGACUUGCUCUGGGGUUUAGGGCCACCUCUGCUAAGCCAGGUGAGGGCAGCUUUUGCUCUAAGAGCCAAGUGCCUUUCAGAGAAUCCUGUUAUGAAUUUGUGCCUCUCGGCUGCACCUUCUACGGUGCCCAGGGCUGGUGCAAGGGACAAGGAGGCCAUCUGGCCUUCAUUUGUGAUGAAGACACCCAGCUGUUUCUGUAGAAGUACAUCUCCCAGGACAGGGAAUGGUGGAUUGGACUCACAGGGAACUGGGCUCAGAAUGGAACCACAGAAGGGCUUGGGGUCUGGCUGGACACCUCAGAUGUGAGCUAUAGCCACUGGCGUGGAGAGCAGGCAGCUCCCGCUGAUCCUAACACCUGCGGCUACAUCGGGUGAGACCCUUCCUCUGGGUGGAUGGCCUCGGACAACUGCCCGCAGCUGUUCGCCUUCAUCUGCCAGUUUGGUGUUGGCCAGACUCUGGUCUGUGAUGGCCCCAAUGCCAUCGUGCACUGUGGCUCGGGGGAAGUCACCCAGAUCCAGGACGCCUUCUACGGGCACCAGACCCCCCAUUACUGCACCCAGGAUGCUGGACGCCCCUCGGACCUGGAAAAGGAAUGCAGCUGGGUCAGCAUCAAGGACAGAGUGGCAGGCAGGUGCCAGGGGCUGCAGGCAUGCCAGGUGACAGCAGAUGGGACCUACUUUGGAGACCUGUGCCCCACCGGGGGCAGCUACCUGUGAGUGCAGUUCCAGUGCUGGGAAGGAUUGUGUAGGACCUUUUUCUUCAUAUUUAUCUUCGCAGAGGAGAGGUGGGAGGGGGUGAGGACAUGUGUGCAGGCAUGUGUGAAUGCCCGUGUUUGUGUAUCCCCAAUGCUGAUAAUGUUUCUGACUGUUGCCAGCAGUUUGUCCAGCAAUGUGACUCACCAGUUCACAGCCCCUGGGAAACUCACCGUGUUUGCAGAAUGUACAACCAGUGAGUGGCAUGUGAUGGCUCAGAAGCAAGUGACAAUUCGAGACAAGAUGGAGAGGUUCGGAGUGACUGGGUGCUCUGGCCUGUCCCAGUCAGGAGCCAACCCUCUCUGCCAGGCUGUCUUUGGGGACCCUCUGUGGAUUCAGGUGAUGCUCAAUGGAGGCACAGGAGUGACUUACACGGUGCUGUUGGGUGGCACUACCCUGGCUGAAUUCACCACACAGAGGGGCCCACUCCCCUACAAUCUGACUCUGGAUAGAGCAGCCCAGCAAAGGAUGGGCCCAGGGAUGCAUCACCUGGAGGUCCGAGCCGCCAGCAAUGCCACCACAUCUGCACCCUCCAGAAACAUCACGGUGUGCUUCACAGAGCCUCUGCCGGGACCGCAGGCUUCUGACCAUUUGGAGGUUGGCCAGGACCUACUGGUCAAUGUGUCAGUGGCUCACGGCAUCCCAGAGGGGCUGGCCUUUGAGGUGGCAGGACUCCAUGCAACCUUCUCACAUGAGCAAGAGAGCCUCGGGAGGCCGUUUGGGAUUUACCACAUGGCACUUCCUCCUGAAGGUACUCGGGGUUGGUGUCUUCCCUUCCCUCCCCUUCCCCUCCUGGCUUGGUGUCCAGCUCUGGCAGCCAGCUUUCAGUGUGUCCUUGUCACAAACUUUGUUCACAGCAUCUAGCC